UGCCCUAAAAGCGCUCUCCAUCGCUUACGGCGCCACCUCCCCCCGACCGGGUUUCGUAAAGCCCUAAUCCUCUCUCUCUCACCCCUGAUAGCCCCUUGACGUAACCUCAGACCUUGAGGGGGCGGUUUGGUUUCUCUCCUCUUUCUCACCAAACCCUAAUUUAGAAAAUAAAUUUGUCCAUUCGAUUUCUCCGGGGUUUUGGGUUUAGAGAGAUGUCGGACGACGAAGCGAAGGAGGAGGAGCUCGAUCUCACGUCCAGUGACGUUGUCACCAAGUACAAGAGCGCGGCAGAGAUCGUCAACAAGGCUCUCCAGCUGGUUCUGUCCGAGUGCAAGCCCAAGGCGAAGAUCGUAGAUAUUUGUGAGAAAGGCGAUGCCUUUAUCCGAGAGCAAGCGGGAAACAUGUACAAAAAUGUGAAGAAGAAGAUAGAGAGGGGUGUGGCGUUCCCAACAUGCAUCUCUGUGAAUAACACCGUGUGCCAUUUCUCACCCCUGGCAGGAGAUGAGACGGUUUUGGAGGAGAAUGACAUUGUGAAAAUUGAUAUUGGAUGCCAUAUAGAUGGGUUUAUUGCAGUAGUGGCGCACACUCAUGUCCUCCAGGAAGGGCCGGUGACGGGAAGGGCUGCAGAUGUAAUUGCAGCUUCUAACACUGCAGCGGAAGUAGCAUUGAGGCUUGUGAGGCCUGGAAAAAAGAAUAAGGAUGUCACAGAAGCUAUUCAGAAGGUAGCCGCUACCUAUGAUUGCAAAAUUGUUGAAGGGGUUCUUAGUCAUCAGCUAAAACAGUUCGUGAUUGAUGGUAACAAAGUCGUGCUUAGUGUAAGCAACUCUGAGGCUAGAGUUGAUGAAGCAGAAUUUGAGGAAAACGAAGUAUAUGCAGUCGAUAUAGUCACCAGCACAGGUGAAGGCAAGCCUAAACUCUUAGACGAGAAGCAAACCACUAUCUAUAAGAGAGCUGUGGACAAAAACUAUCACCUGAAAAUGAAGUCAUCAAGAUUCAUCUUUAGUGAAAUAAACCAGAAAUUUCCAAUCAUGCCAUUUACUGCAAGGGCUUUGGAAGAGAAACGAGCUCGGCUUGGUCUAGUAGAAUGUGUAAAUCAUGAGCUUUUGCAACCAUACCCUGUUUUGCAUGAGAAGCCCGGCGAUCUUGUUGCUCACAUUAAGUUCACUGUGUUGCUAAUGCCAAAUGGGUCGGACAGGAUUACCUCCCAUCCAUUGCAACAGUUGCAGCCUACAAAAACCAUUGAUAAUGAUCCUGAAAUUAAGGCAUGGCUAUCUUUGGGAACAAAGACAAAAAAGAAGGGUGGAGGAAAGAAGAAGAAAGGUAUUCCAAGGAAGAAAGGCGGAGCUCGGGAUGACACAGCCGAAACUGAACCAAUGGAUGCAACAUCAAAUGGUGCCCCUGCUCAAGAUUGAGAAGUUUUGGUGCUCUUUUUGCAUUUGUUGCUGGUGGCCCCUGAGCAUGUUGAGAUUUUCAUGCAAUUUUUGUUUAGCAAAGCAUGAACGCACAGAAAUCUUAUGAGGAAAAUCUUUAUAGCUUUUGCAAGGUGAUAUUAGGGCAAAUUAAUUCGUUAAGUUGCUAAAGCUUUGGGCAUUUGGAUGUAUUAGGAUGGAAGAGAUGGAUAUUGAAAUAUAAGAUGUAUCUGAUGAUCCAUCCAUGCAAGGAUGCUUGGAGGAAUUUAUGUGGAUUUGGUUUUUGGAAAUGCAUUUUUUUUUAUACAUUCAA